CAUAACCUGGGAAAGAAUGGACAUUUUGGGACGAUGCUUACAGAUCUAUGUAACUGGAUGGAUGAUUGGUCCUAGUUUGAGUGACUGUCAGCCUGGAGGUGGCUGUCGGGCCGACAGCUGCGGAGAGAGGGGAUAUUUGAUCACCAGCCAUGGGGCAGCCAAAGGACUCCGGAGGCUGAGGUCCCCAGAACCGCAGUCAUGGCUGUCAAUCCCCGCCCCGCCGGGCUUGGACCGGGGCGACUUCCCUCGCACCUCGCUGGCAGGAUCCUGACCCUCGUUCUGGGCGUCAGGGGCGGACCAGGUUCGGACGCCGCCUCACUCUCCUUUCCAAGCCCCCCACGCCCGCGGCCACGGCCUGGGAACAAUGGAGCGCCCGCUUCUUUAAGGGAGAUACCACCGAGCCGGCGAGGCAGGGGAUGGCGUCCUCCCAGAUGAUCGCACCCAGCCCCGUGCCACCGCCGCCUCGGCAACCGGGCCGCCUGAGGACAAAAGAAACCUUGACCUUGAAGAUGGUGAGUAGCCAGCCAAAGUACGAUCUAAUACGGGAGGUAGGCCGAGGCAGUUACGGUGUUGUGUAUGAAGCCGUCAUCAGAAAGACUUCUGCACGGGUUGCAGUGAAGAAAAUUCGAUGCCACGCACCUGAAAAUGUUGAGCUAGCCCUUCGUGAGUUCUGGGCACUAAGCAGUAUCAAGAGCCAGCAUCCAAAUGUGAUUCACUUGGAAGAAUGCAUCCUACAGAAAGAUGGGAUGGUGCAAAAGAUGUCCCACGGCUCUAAUUCUUCCCUUUACUUACAGCUUGUAGAGACUUCAUUAAAAGGAGAAAUUGCCUUUGAUCCCAGAAGCGCCUAUUAUUUGUGGUUUGUGAUGGAUUUUUGUGACGGAGGAGAUAUGAAUGAAUAUCUGUUGUCCCGAAAACCCAAUCGUAAAACUAACACCAGCUUCAUGCUUCAACUGAGCAGUGCCCUGGCUUUCUUGCAUAAAAACCAGAUCAUCCACCGAGAUCUGAAGCCUGAUAACAUCCUGAUUUCUCAAAGCAGGUUGGAUACAAGUGACUUGGAACCCACCUUGAAAGUGGCUGAUUUUGGCCUAAGUAAAGUUUGUUCAGCCUCUGGGCAGAACCCAGAAGAACCUGUCAGUGUAAACAAAUGUUUCCUUUCCACUGCAUGUGGAACUGAUUUCUACAUGGCUCCUGAAGUGUGGGAAGGACACUACACAGCAAAAGCUGACAUCUUUGCUCUGGGGAUCAUCAUCUGGGCAAUGCUGGAAAGGAUCACAUUCAUAGACACAGAGACAAAGAAGGAACUCUUAGGGAGUUAUGUAAAACAAGGAACUGAGAUUGUGCCUGUUGGGGAGGCACUUUUGGAAAAUCCCAAAAUGGAACUUCUCAUUCCUGUGAAAAAAAAGUCUAUGAAUGGGCGAAUGAAACAACUGAUUAAGGAAAUGCUGGCUGCAAACCCUCAGGAUCGCCCAGAUGCUUUUGAAUUAGAACUCAGAUUAGUACAAAUUGCAUUUAAAGAUAGCAGCUGGGAAACGUGACAUAUUAUUUGCAAAUAUCUUGGAUGAUAUGCUGCUUCUGAUUUAACAGUGAUGCAACAUUAUGUGGCUGAAAAUACAAAAAACUAACUCCACAUUCUAAGGGUUUAGAUUUUAUUGUGGGAUGUUUCUUUUUCUUUAUUUUUCUGAAUUCAAGCCAGCCAUUUUAUUAGUAUGUUUUAAAUGUGUAUUACCAAUGUAAGUGUAAACAUUUUUUUUUUAAUGACCAUUGGUAGAAGUUUGGCAGGAAAAUUCUCUUAAGAGCCAAGAAAAGAGUCCAGUUUUCUGAAAAUGUCUCUUAAGUAUUUUAGACAUUCCUUGUCAGUAUUAGGCAUUUCCAUGGAAGAAGAGGUUUGCAUGCUGGUAAUGCAACCUUUGAAGCUUUGUAAAGGAGACAUAUAUGUAUAUAUUUAUGUAUAUGUAAGUAUGUGAAUGUGUGUAUUUUGCAUUCCAUAUGAAGAAAAUGCCACUUCUGUUUAAA